AUCCACCAUCGCAUCACCUCGCAACAACCUCGCUAGCUCGCAACUCCAUCUACGACGACCCAGCCGGCAUCCUCGCCGCUUAUCGACUGCCACACGCGAAAGCAGCCUCGCCAGACAGACCAAGUGCAUGUGAUACGCGCGCCGCCGCCAUGGCUGGAUUGAUCGAUCCGACUGUGGCCGGCAAGUACCCCGUCAUCCUCGGCGAGGGCCUGCUCGGCAAGACGUCCAACGACAUCUUUACUGGCAUUCGCUACAAUCACAAGCCGACGCUGUCGUCGAGCGACGGUCCGGCGCAAGCCCGCCUGCGCCCGUCAUUCCCGGGCAAGACCACUUCGUACGAUCUCUCCUUCAACGACGGCGACGACAAAUAUGCGUACACCGGAACCCGGAGUGUUGACGACAAUCAGUAUGUCCUGCACUUUGAUCCGGAGCGCAAGGCGUUCAUUCUCGACAAGAUCGACUCGACAUUCAACAUGAACAUCACCCGUAUGCCCGGCAACUCCGAUCCUGCCAAGCUCAGCAGACAAUUCCCCCACCUCGAUAGCGAAGCAUCAGAACUCGCGAAUACAGGCGAGAACAAGGUCGCAAAGGCGAAGCCGGCUGCGAAGGCGACGGCUACUCCCGUAACCGUUGCUCAGCCGAAGCCGAAGCGCAAGGCCGACAAGAAGCAGCAGCAGCAGAAAGACAUCGAGCUCUCGCUACCAAAGCCCGAGCCGGUAAAAGAGAAGAAAAUCACAAAGCGCAUUGACGAAGACGAGGAGGAAGAAGAUGACGACGACGACGGUGGUCUGCUGAUUGAGUACCCUGGCGGAGAGACGGCUGCUAAGCACAACGACUUCUCGCCGGCCUUCCCUCCGCCCCGACGCUUUGAUGACUUCAUGGACCAACGCGACUCGGAGGGCGAUGCGGACGGUGAGAGUGAUGAUGAGCCGGACAUGGACUUUAAGCUACCGAGCCCGGUCAACAACCACGCGUCGCGGCCAGAGCCGAUGGAUGAGGACGACGCGGAGGAGCCGCAGGCUGAGGAGCCGGCGAGCAUGGACAUGGAAAACGACCUGGAGAAGGAAAUGGAAAUGGCAUUUGGGGAUCUCGAAAACGGCCAGGAGGGCAGCCCCGACGGCGACGAAAGCGAAAUUUCCGAGGAGGACUAG